AAAUAGUAAAUAGAACUGUAAAAAACUGUAAAUAGAAAAUAAACUUUAAGAUAUGUACAUUUACGUCUAUUAAACAUCUGACAGUAUUUUAAGUAAUUCCUCAGGCAAAAAUUGACGCAAUCUAUAAGCGACAGUACAGCGGCCAGGGCUCGCUGUAUUUUUGCGCAUGCGCAGAGAGCAGAGUCCUUGGCUGUGCAAGCGGGUGUAGGUGAGGCGCUGUGUUACGGGACACACUGUCGAAAUGCAGAGCUGGAAUCAGCUUUAUCGCGCUCUUGCGACGCGAGGUCAGCACCUGCCUUGCAAGUUGCAUGGAGUCACAGCAGUAUCUGUAAGAACAUAUGCUGACAAGGCACCAAUUGAUGCCGAUGUCACUGUGGUGGGCUCAGGACCUGGAGGGUAUGUUGCCGCCAUCAAAGCUGCACAGCUUGGUUUUAAGACAGUAUGUGUGGAAAAGAAUGCCACUCUUGGAGGGACCUGUCUAAAUGUGGGCUGCAUCCCAUCAAAGGCCCUGUUAAACAACUCUUAUCUGUAUCACCUGGCACAUGGAAAGGACUUUGAAAGCAGAGGAAUUGAAAUUCAAGGAAUUUCACUGAACUUGGAGAAGAUGAUGGCGCAAAAGAGUGGUGCAGUCAAAGCCCUGACAGGAGGCAUUGCACACUUAUUUAAACAGAACAAAGUUACACAUGUCAAUGGAUUUGGAAGGAUAACGGGUAAAAAUCAAGUCACUGCAAAGACAGAUGAUGGUGAUGAGCAAGUAAUUAACACCAAAAACAUCCUGAUUGCCACAGGAUCAGAGGUCACCCCUUUCCCAGGAAUUGAGGUUGAUGAGGACACCAUAGUAUCCUCUACUGGGGCUCUGUCCCUUAACAAAGUCCCUGAGGAGCUGAUUGUUAUUGGAGCAGGGGUCAUCGGUGUUGAGCUGGGCUCGGUGUGGCAGAGGCUGGGCUCUACAGUGACAGCAGUGGAGUUUUUGGGCCAUGUGGGAGGAUUGGGAAUCGAUAUGGAGAUCUCUAAAAACUUCCAGCGUAUACUCCAGAAGCAAGGCUUAAAGUUCAAGCUGGGUACCAAGGUCAGGGGUGCCACCAGGAGGCCUGAUGGAAAGAUUGAUGUGGCAGUGGAGGCUGCUGCUGGUGGCAAAAACGAGACCCUAUCCUGUGACGUGUUGCUGGUGUGCAUCGGCCGUCGGCCUUUCACAAAUGACAUCGGCCUUGAGAAUGUCGGAAUUGAAUUGGACAAUCGUGGAAGGAUCCCCAUCAACAACCGUUUCCAGACCAAAGUACCCAGCAUUUAUGCCAUCGGUGAUGUAGUGGCUGGGCCCAUGCUGGCACACAAAGCUGAGGAUGAAGGCAUAAUAUGUGUUGAGGGAAUAGCAGGAGGAGCCGUUCACAUUGACUACAACUGUGUUCCGUCUGUCAUCUACACACAUCCAGAGGUCGCCUGGGUCGGAAAGAACGAGGAGCAGCUCAAGGAGGAAGGCAUUCCGUACAAAGUCGGCAAAUUCCCCUUCGCUGCUAACAGCAGAGCAAAGACUAAUGCUGAUACUGAUGGGCUGGUGAAGAUUCUGAGUCACAAGGAGACCGACAGAAUGUUGGGAGCUCACAUCCUGGGAUCGGGAGCUGGAGAGAUGAUCAAUGAGGCUGCACUAGCAAUGGAAUAUGGAGCAUCAUGUGAGGAUGUUGCAAGAGUGUGCCAUGCCCAUCCUACUGUUUCAGAGGCCUUCAGAGAAGCCAACCUUGCUGCUUCAUUUGGAAAAGCUAUUAAUUUCUAAGUCACCAACUAUGUGUAUAUAAAGAUCUGCUUCAUAUUUGGGUUUAGUACUUUGACUGCGUACAACUGAGAUUUCGGACCCCUAGUUUUCAAAACUUCUCAUGCAUCACUACAGUACAAAUCUGUAUUACAUUUAGUAUGUUAUUUAAAUGUUCCAUUAAACGCUUUGGGUCUUAGUGGUGUGAACGAGUCACUAAUGUUUAAGUCAUCAUUUAUCUGUGUUAACUGUUAACUGUUUACUAUUUAAUAGACACAACUUAUCCUAUUAACUGAGUACAGUGCAAGCAAUUGAGGGUUGAUGGCCUAGCAUUGGUGAAGCUUAAACCAGCAAUGUUCUGAUCACUUGCACUGGUGAUAGCACUUCUCAAAUACCAAGACUUGCCAAGAUUUAAUAACUCAAGUGGGCAGUACGGUGGCUCAGUGGGUAGCACCUACACCUUACAACAAGAAGGUCCUAGGUUUGAUUCCCAGGUGUAGCGGUCUGUGUCCUUUCUGUGUAGAGUUUGCAUGUUGUCUCUGUGUCUGUGUGAGGUUUCUUUCCACAGUCCAAGACAUGCAAGUAGGGUUAAUUGGAGAUAAAAAAUUGUUCAUGACUGACAUUAAAGACUUGAACUGAUGAAUCUUGUGUAACCUGUCCUGUCAUGAAUGUAACCAAAGCGUGUAAAACAUGACGUUAAUAUUUUAAUAAAUAAAUACAUAAAUAAUAACUAUAAGGUUCAAAUUACCCCCAAGUAAAAUGAUACACAAGGUUAAUGAAAAUGGUACUAUAAACUGGUGCAGUAGAAGGGUAGGAAUAAAAAAAAUGGAAAUAUGGGGGCAGUGGUAAAUGUAAUGUAUUUUGAUACUGAGUAGUGUCCAUCCUCACCUGCAGCUAUAGAAGCUUUCACUGUUCUGGAAAGGCUUUCCAAAAGUUUUCAAAGUGUGUGGGGGGAGAUCUGGGCUCAUUCAUUCAAUAUAGUAUGGGGCCAGGGCUCGGUGCAGGUGCCUGGGAUUUUUUAAUUGUUUGGGAGGGACCCAAUACAUUAACAUGCUAAUAGCAUAAUUUAAUAAACAGUUAUUAAAAAAGACA